GUCCACCAACGAGGAUUCGAGCCACCAACCUUUAGGCUCCGGGGCAGAACGUCGCGGCGUGGCGAGCCAACCGAGGCUAUAUAAGGACCGCAGACGGCGCGGGUUUCAGACAGUUGAGGCGUGCGCUUCGGAGGGAGGUUUGUUGUGUGUCUUUUCUCUGUGAGGCUGCAGCUGGCAUUGGCCAUGAGGCCGAACGAGGUGGCGGAGGCGCGGCUGGAGGCGCUGAAGCGGGCGGCGUGCGAGAGCGUGGAGGCGUCGUCGGGGCGCCUCGCGGGGCUGAGCCGGGAGCUGUGGAGCCGGCCGGAGCUGGCCUACCAGGAGCGCCAGGCCCACGCCGCCCUGACCCGUUUCUUCGAGGACGCCGAGCCCAGCUGGGCCGUGCAGCGCAGCUACAAGCUGGAGACGGCCUUCCGGGCGGAGUGGCGCUGGGCCGGCCAAGCCGAGGAGGACGAGGAGGGGCAGGAGGAGGAGGAGGCCUCGCGCCCGGCGCCCCCAGAGCUACGGCUGGGCUUCCUGUGCGAGUACGACGCCCUCCCGGGUCUGGGCCACGCCUGCGGGCACAACCUCAUCGCCGAGGUGGGCGCCGGGGCCGCCCUGGCCCUCCGCGCCGCCCUCCAGAGCCUCCCCCGGCUCGCUGGGCCCCGACUCGCCUUACCCGCCGUCCAGAUCACGGUGCUGGGCACUCCUGCUGAAGAAGAUGGAGGAGGCAAAAUAGACUUAAUUAAAGCUGGAGCAUUUGAUGGACUAGAUGUGGUAUUCAUGGCUCAUCCCUCCCAAGAAGAUGCAGCAUAUUUGCCAGAUGUAGCAGAACAUGAUGUGACUGUGAAAUACUAUGGAAAAGCUUCUCAUGCUGCUGCUUACCCUUGGGAAGGAGUAAAUGCAUUAGAUGCUGCUGUUCUUGCAUACAACAAUCUGUCAGUUUUAAGACAGCAAAUGAAACCAACAUGGAGAGUUCAUGGUGUAAUAAAGAAUGGAGGUGUGAAACCUAAUAUCAUCCCUUCAUAUGCUGAAUUAGAAUUUUAUUUGCGUGCUCCUUCAUUGAGGGAGCUCUCUCUCCUGACAGAAAAAGCAGAGAACUGUUUUAGAGCUGCCGCUCUGGCCACAGGGUGUGAAGUGGAAUUAAAAGAUGGUGCAAAUGAUUACUACAAUGUGCUACCUAACAAAAGCCUGGAGAAGGCUUACAAAGAGAAUGGCAAGAAGCUUGGCAUGGAUUUCAUUCCAGAUGAUAAUGUUAAUGGACUGUCAGGUUCUACUGACUUUGGAAAUGUCUCAUUUGAGGUUCCUGGGAUUCAUCCUUAUUUUUACAUUGGCUCUGAUGCUCUGAACCAUACUGAGCAGUAUACAGCAGCUGCAGGAUCAGAAGAAGCUCAAUUCUAUACUUUGCGGACAGCAAAAACACUAGCUAUGACUGCGUUAGAUGUUAUUUUCAAGCCAGAUCUGUUGGAAAAAAUCAGAGAAGAUUUCAGAAUGGAGAAACUGAAAGAGGAAGCCCUUCUACAUAUCCCUGAACAUGGCAAAGGACCUGUCCUUGGCAUUGGAGCAGCAUGUGCAUCAUGUUGAAAUAGUGCCACGAGUUACAAAUUUAAAAUCACAACAAGCUCUACAAUCGAUCUGUGUGAAUUGAAUGUUUAAUAGCUGUAGAGAUGCUGACAUUUUGAAUGGCGCAACUGAAAACCUCAAUGCACUUUUGCAAAAUUUUCUUGGUCUGAAAUCAUCUAGCUAUCUUAAUUUGGCAGACAAAAUUACAUGAUUAUCUAAUGAUUGAAAAUGUGCUCAAUGUCUUAGCUUUGCAGACUUUUUUGAGGUGAAUUUUAUAUUGCUGGUGUGAUAGUUUGAGAGGAAUCAAACUAUCUUCAUAGUAAUUGUGCUCUUGCCAAGAAAUAGUGAGAAGUGUUGCAUAUUUUAUUUAGGAUUUGCAAAACCAAAUGCAAUCAAUCAGGAAAAUGUAAUUCUACUUGCUAAAUCUGUAUGCAUUUGAAAUGCUUUGCAAAGAGGGAUACCAAAGGUUCAGAGGUGUUUGCAAAAUGUACCCAGAUCUUCUUUAUACUGAUGGCUUGCACUUUGUCCUCACAUUCUUGCCAGUGUUUCUUGUUCUUACAUUCAUUUUCAAGCAUACUUUGGAUCAAUCAAACAUUGCUGGAAGACUAUCCUUGUAACCAUUUGAUUUUGCACAUAUUAAUAAGCUCCUGAGUCCUUGUUCUACACAAUUUUAAGCAUAUUUAUGGCUUAGUAGUUUUGCAUUUACAUAUAAUCCAGAGGAAAUCAACAUACAUAUAAGGGAAUAAGCAUGCAUAGCUCUUAAACUGAGAAAAAAUAUUUUGUGGAAAGAAGAGAAAAGUAGUUGAUCAUCUCUGAGAGAAACUGAAGGAAUAGGUGCAAAUCACUUUUUACUGUGUGUUGUAAGGAAAAAUAUUUACAGAGCAGUUGGCAUUCUAGACGUUACUUUACUACAUUAUUGCCUAGACAGAUUUCUUUGAGAAAAUCAGAUUCUUACCUGCACAUCCCAGCAAAUAGGUAUCUGAAUCCACAUUCCAUUCAAGUCAAUAGCAAAACUGGAUUUAAAUGGAUAUAUUAUACACUAUUUAUGUAAAUAAAGCAUUGUAGCAAGUUUAACAGGGCUUAGUGUAUUUGCAUUUCUGACGGAAGCACCUGUGUUCACUUACACUAAUAUAUAUUGACAGAGCAACAUUUCUGUAUAUCAUCUCUAGUAAUUGUCCUGGAAACUUUGUGUUGGACUAUUUUAUAGCACUUUCACGCCAUUCAGCAAAUACUGAAAGUCAAGGAAGCUUUUUUAAGUGUUGAAUUUUUCUAAUUCUGAUCCAAGAAGAAAAACUAUUUUCUUUUCUUUUUUACUCUCCCACUGUUAUUUUUUCUAAACGCCGUGCUGUCUUGAUUUGUGCGAAAGCAGAAAUCACGCACACGUAAAUGGUAUCGGACCAAAUAGCAGUGAGAGUUUAAUGUAUAUAACUGAAAGGAAAUUGUAAUGAGUAUUUUGCUCUUUUGCCUUCAUCCAUUUGCAUUUAUCUUACCAGCAAAUGAAGGGGGACUUCAAAAGGUUGCUUGUCUUUUUUGAUAGAAGUGUGAGCAGGAAUAGGAACUCAUCCAGUAUCAAUAUUGGCAAAACCAGAGCCACAUAAGAUUCUAGUUAAGGUUCCUGAUUAAUUGCAUUAAUGCUAAUUAUUAAUUAUGAUGAUAGCAUUCAUAGCAAAGGGGAAUUAAGAAUGAAAUCCAGUGUUUUUCUCACCUCAAGUAGUAGGCCCAUUGAACUCAAUUGAUGCUGUUGACUAUGAUUAACUUGAGUUCCACUGGUUUUAUUGAAUCAGUUCUGGACCAAGAUUUCCUCCCAAAUACUUUGUUGAUUGUGAGUAGAGGAAUUCUGCUUAGAUGAUCAAAGUAUACAGUCUGGAACAUAAGUAAGGUAUGAGGAAGCGAGUAAAAUGUUCUUUCUUGACUUCCUGUGUAGUGCUAUCUCAGCCAGGGUUCUUUUUCCAGCUUUGCAAAGUUUUAGAAUUGCCAACUAACACUUCAAAAAUUGCCCUCUUGAAUCUACAUUGUAUUAAAAACAGUAAUUUAAGAGAAGAAAGCCCCUUAGACUACUGCUGUUGAUGUGCUUUCCAUUGCACCAGAGAACGGUACCAUAUUUGUGCCCAUUCACUACAACUGUUGCUUUUUUGGAAGGUUGCCACAGCCUGCCAACUCUUUGAGUAGCACCGCCUUUGCCGAAAAUUUCUGAAUCAUGUUAUCACCCUUCUUUUGUUUCUUUUAUUCUUUAACAGUUAACCUAGUUUGGAAGAUGAUUUGGCAGAUUCUUGAGUAACAUCUCGCCCCUCUCUUACGUGAACUGGAAAGUAAAACAAUUUAGUGUGAAUUUCUGUAAUUGGAUUUGGACAGACUUAUCUCUUAGUAGAACAAUCUGUCUAAUGGGGUUUCCUAAUCCAGUUUUAAAUAACAUUUAUUUUUGUUUGGUGGUUGAGUAUAUUUGGAAAUAAUUGAUUAUUAUUUGACUAAUCAAAAGUCUCGGAUCUUGCAGUUGUUGUGAGAGAGUACAAAAAAUACCUCUUUUUUUUCUUUGCACAGCACAUUUGAAACAGUCAUGCUGGAAGGGAGAUUUCCCUGUUAAACAUGGUAGUGGGAUGGAGAGUUUACAUGGAUAAGAAUUUCCAACACAUGUUUCUGGUAUGAGAGUCCGAGAUAAUUGUCAAGGUCGUUCAGCCUUGGAGAUACCCCUUAUUUGUAGAAGAACAGAUAAUAUUUGAUAGCUUUUGUUGGCUCAGGGUAUGAGUUUUCUGCUGAGGCAAAAGACAACACAUUCUGAAAUGACAAAGUUUUCUGAUAAUUUUUCAGAAUACCAUCAACACAAUAUUAUUUUUAAUCACACUGAGUCUUCACAGCUUUCUGUCCUCAGCCUUUCCAUCCUUUUAUUCAUUCAAUGUUGUUAUUAUUGCAGUAUUGAUAUUUUUGCAAAGGAAGCCAUAGAGUAUAUCAGAUCCUCUAUAUUAAAUAGAAGCUGGAGGGUGCUACUUUAGGCCACUUCACUUUCGUUCACAGUGCCUCUUUAUUGCAUUUAUACAACCCCAACCUCCGCCAUACCAUAAGGAUGGUUUUUGCUUCAACUGAGCCACAUAUUAGACAGGAGCGCUCUUGUGCCAUUUGUGUAAAUUGUAUAUACUGUGAAGUCUUUGGAUUUUAGAAUAUUGAUGUAAUGUGAAUGGACAAGAAUCGGUGACAAGUUUAAUGCAAAUUCACAGUCAAAAUAAUUUUUUCUUGAUUCAAGGACACAUGAAAAACAUUUAUACAAUAUUACUGCGAGCUGCAAGGCUAUUGUAGAUGUGUAUGUGCUUUUUUACAUCAUGGCUACUGUUGCUUUACAAAAUUCUGUAUGCUCUUCAAUCUUAUCUUCAAAGAAAGAUAUCUUCAGGUUAUCUUCAAAAAAUUGUCAUCAAAGAAAAAGUAGUAAACUAUAGCUUGAUGAUAAUUCACUUGAAAAAACGGAAUGGCUGAAAUACACAAAUAUAUGUCACAAAUUGGCUGAUGCUUUUUUUGUACUUCUGAAGGCUUAGCUUUUGCAGGUGCAUUUUGCAAUGAUUAUUUUACCUCCAUAUGACAAUUAAAAUGUAGGAGUUAAAAUAGCUUUCUCUGCCAUCUGUAAUAUGGAUUUCUUGAUUUGAAUGCUGGAACCACACUUUUGAAUUACAGUGUUGAUGUAAAAUGCUUUGACUAAGAUUUCCCCCCACCUUAUUGGUGAGUCACUGCUGGUGGACUGUCCUUUUCAUUCUGUACAGUCAGUUGUACUGCUGGUAUGCUGUUCAUAAAUACUUGUUCGAUUGUAUGAAUAAAACAGUUGGCUUGUGUAUUA